GCAACACGACGCCGUUUUAUAACCGAAUCAGUUAAAACAUCUGCUCUAAUUUGAAGAAGUUACAAGACCAACAAAUCAUUUCUGAAUCUUCUCCUCUCUUCCGGUAACAGCCAUGGAAGAUCUCUCAAACCCUAUUCACAUCCCAACGAAAACCCUAGACCCAUCCGCUCAAAGCAAGCACGCUGGAAUGCUCGAACGCCUCUCCAACCUCCACCAAUCUCGCCUCCAACAACAAUCCCUCUCUCGCGAACCCAAUUCCAAUCCCAAUCCCGACUCGUUUGAGUCCACCCAGUCCUUCCUCUCCCGAUUCAACCACUCCAAGAACUCCAUCGAUUCCGAUCUCGCCCGCCUUCGCCAAUCCACCACCGACUCUCACUCCUCGAAUCCCAGCUCAAAAUCCGAUCUCCACAAGGUCUCGGCCUCCAUCUCCGAUCUCGAAAAGCUCGUCGCCGAGAGCUCUUACUUCUUACCCUCUUACGACGUACGAGUCUGUCUCGAAACCAUCUCAGAUCUGAAACAAACCCUUGAAAACGUCAGUUCAGAGGUCGUUCCAAAGAAGCGAUUUGCAUUCAAGAAUAAACAAACCAAAAAAGCUGCAACCAGUGUCGUCGUAAGCGAGCCCGAAUUGGGUACUCAAGAAACUGAACGCAAAAAACCGAGCUUUGAGGUUCGGGAUUUGCCUGGGUUUAGGGGUAAGCAAAAUGAGGUUUUGGUGAAGGAGUUCAAGGGUUCUGAGAUUGGUGAGUUCACACUUUCGGAUUUGAGUGGUUGUGAAGUGCGAUUGACGGGUUGUUUGAGGGCGUUGUUUGUUCAUAAGUUGAAGGAUUGUAGGGUUUAUGUUGGACCCGUUUUGGGUUCGGUUUUGAUUGAGGAAGUUGAGGGUUGUGUGUUUGUUUUGGCAUCACAUCAGAUUAGGACUCAUCAUGCUAGAGGGUGUGAUUUUUAUCUCAGGGUUCGGAGUCGGCCUAUAAUUGAGGAUAGUAGUGGUGUGAGGUUUGCACCAUAUUGUUUGUGUUAUGAUGGCAUUGAAACUGAUCUUAAAGAGUCUAAUCUUUAUGAAGAAAUGGGGAAUUGGGCGAAUGUGGAUGAUUUUCGGUGGUUGAGAGCUGUGCAAUCUCCGAAUUGGUUGAUUUUGCCAGAAAGUGAACGUCUUGGCACACUUAAUAUUUCAAAUCCGGAAACGUGAAUUGGAGACCAAGUUUUAUUUUUUUUUCUUCUAAUGAGCAUUUGUUGUUUUCGAUAUUGUAUUCGCAAGUUGAGCAGCAUUCCAUUGUGUAGAAGAGGUAACAUUCUGAUUUUUCUUCAAGAAAGCAUUAAAAACUAUGUUUUGUGCAUUGAUCAAGGAUUAGUAUAAUCUAUAUUUUGAGUUGAUGGCUUGAUGCAAA